UCGAUGAAGUGGCAGCAGAGGGAAGAGGAGGAGGAGGAGGAGGGAAAAUCUCACGAGAUAAUGAAAGACGAAGAAGAGGAGAGCUGCUAGUGUUAGAGCGCGGAAAAAGGAAAACGAGACUAGACCCCGCAGAAUUCUCUGAGACUGGAAAACAAAGAGGGGUAAAAAAAAAUAUAAAAAAAAUACGGGGGCAACGGAGGCAGACAGAGAGCUUCUGUACACCCGCAGAUGGUUUUCUUUCUUGGUGAAUGUUGCACCCCGGGGCGCAGCGGACCAAUUGUGUGAAUCUGCAGGGCUGCUCGGCGACACAUCGGGGAGAUGCUCAGGACGGACAACGGCCGCGGACGCGCUCUGAGAAGUGGACACUGAAAACAAGGCACAAAGCGAAGCCCCGGCACCAGAGAGACGAGCGGCGGCACAAGUGAGAAUAAAAAAAAAAACCCCACAGUUAAAGCUCCUGCUGCUGCUGCUGCGGCCAAACUCGAUUUCUGGCAGUUUGUGAGGGAGUUUGGAGACAGUACUUAACGUUAUCAGAUAAUUAAUUAGACACCCCAUAAGCCCGGAAAUCAAUUAAUUCACAAAUCAAUAAAUCCAUAGUCUGGUGUAAGGAGAGCCCUUGCAGACUGUUCGCCCGGCUGCUGAACAACAAUAACAAGAGGGGAGCAAGGACGCGCAGGGGCCCGACAAAGUCCACUUUAUUCGCUGAAAUUGAAGAUGGAUGGGAGUCUAGGAGAGAUGUCCCUCCACACUCACUCCGACCUGGCUCACAGCCAGGACGGCAGGGCCAUGAUGCACUCGCGGGACCUUUCAGCUGCCUUCCCCAGGCCCUCCCUCGGGGGCCCCUCCAUGUCUCUGGAGCCCGAGCCCCGUCCGGCUGGCUUCGACCACUCCAUGUCGGCACUGGGCUACAGCGGCGACUCCCCGUCCAGCUCGGGCAGUACCUACACCACCCUGACCCCCCUGCAGCCCUUCGAUGACAAGUUCCACCACCACCACCAUCAUCACCACCCUUGCCUGCCCGUCAGCAACGUCAUCGGCAGCUUCACCCUCAUGCGCGAGGACCGAGGCCUCGGCACCAACUUCUACAACCCCUAUGGCAAGGACCUCGCCAUGUCCCAAAGCCUGUCGCCCCCCUCCACGGGUUCAGGCCUCAGCUCCUCCAUGCACGGCUAUGGCAGUCUGGGCAACAGCCCCAAUGGCAAUGCAGGCCAGAUGCUCCACAGUGGCUACGACAUCCACGGAGGGAGCCUCUUCUGCAGAACAUCGGACUUCGGCCGCGAGAUCUCGCCACCCGGCCUCGGAGGCGGCGACGUGGCAGUGGGGCAUCAGUUGAAUAAGAUGGAGGCGCACCAGCAUGUCACGGGCCACCACCCUCACAUCUACAGCCAGCAUUACCAGCCCCACCACCACCCGAGCCAGCAGGCCUCCAAGGUGAGCGAGCACCUGCACUCCUCGUCGUCCGCCUCGUCCUCACCCGGCGAGGGCAUGCUGCCGGGCUUGCAGGGCAGCGGAGGCGGCAACGGGGAGGAGAUCAAUACCAGGGACGUGGCCCAGAGGAUCAUCACUGAGCUGAAGCGGUACAGCAUCCCCCAGGCCAUCUUCGCCGAGAGGGUUCUGUGUAGGUCACAGGGCACGCUGUCUGACCUCCUGAGGAACCCCAAGCCGUGGGGCAAGCUCAAGUCCGGCCGCGAGACCUUUAAGAGGAUGUCCCGCUGGCUGCAGGAGCCCGAGUUUCAAAGAAUGGCCUCUCUCCGGCUGGAGGCCUGCAAGAGGAAGGAGCAGGAGCAGAGCAAGCUGGAGCGCAACCAGGGCCCAAAGCGCACCCGGCUGGUGUUCACGGACCUGCAGCGGCGCACGCUCAUGGCCAUCUUCAGGGAGAACCACCGCCCGACCAAGGACCUGCAGGUCACCAUCUCCCAGCAGCUGGGCCUGGAGCUGUCCACCGUCAGCAACUUCUUCAUGAACGCCCGCCGACGCAACAUCAACAAGUGGGCAGACGAGGGCCGCCCCUCCUCCACGGGUUCCUCGGGCUCCAGCGUUUCCUCCUCCGCAGUGUCCUGCAGCACAGCGUGAUGACGUACCGCCGAGGAGGGCGCGGUCGGGGAGGGCGCCGAGGGAGCAAGGGGGCACAUAGACUGGUCUGGGCAGAGAUCAGCCGUAAUAAAUGUCCUCCUCGUUAUCAGAAGGAGCGACGGAGCCAGCUGUUAUAGAUGAUAUUAUGAAGAUGAAGCAUUUUCCCAAACCAAAGUCGAAACGCUCCCUUGAAAUGGAAGGGGGCGAUACCCAGAGUGAUAUGAUCGCAGGAUGUGAGGUCCUGCUUGUAUAGUCAAGGGUGCCAAGAUGAUUUGACUCGAUAGACGAGUCGCACCCUUACAUAGACGCCAUCUCAUUGCAUUAUUUUGAUUAUGUAGAUUAGAGAUAAUGAGGGUAUUACAAAUCAGGAGGAAGCAUAUUUUGGCGUACCUUCAAAUCCAUCGCCAUCUCUCCAAAUGUGAAGAAUCAAGGUGUCGUUUGCUCACACCUGGAGAGCUCCAUCGUGUAACAUCUUAAUCAAAAACUGUUCACCAUCAUCCAAAGACGUUGAUCCGACCCCCAGUGUGCCCCACAAAUAUCCUGUCCUGCUUUUCCUCGAGAAUCAAGGGGAAAGAGGAAGAGAAGGCUUUUUUUUUAACUUCACAAUUUUUUUCUUUUUCUGAAGAACCCGAUUUCCCUUUCUUAGCAUGUGUUUCCAUGGUGACGGUUCCCACGUCUUGCGUGGCGUUGUUCUAAACUCGGAGCCUGGAAUUAUCCGGAGGGUUCUGCAGCGUCCGUGACUUCCAGCUGUCAAUCAUUAACCAUCAACAGGAGCCUUUCCUGUGCUUUGUGAAGAUGGUCCCGCCUUGAAUGAAUCAGAGUUUUCGAGGGGGGAACCGCAGUGCACCUCGGCGUACGCCGGGACAGAAUCAAUAAACACAAGUAGGACGCAGAAAACGGCCUCGUUGGUGCAAACGUCUAGCUUUAAGACUCUCAUCGAGCUUCUAUAUGAAGGCUCCACAGCCAUUUUUUUUCAAAAUCAAGCCAAAAAAAAAAAGGAGAUGACAAACAGCCUUUUGAACACGAAGGCUCCGUGGGGGAAGAGGUACACCUGACACAAUGUAUAGUGACAUUGUAGUAUUUUUUUCCACUCAUUUUCCAGCAACUGUACACACCUCUGCUCCAUAUUUUUUUUUACAGAUGUCUAGAAAAUGGAGGAAUGUGAUUCUUUCAGCCCUUUUUGUACAGAUUUCAAGCACAUCGCUCUAUUUAUAGAAACACAUUGGAAGUGCGGGGCAGUUUGUUUCAGCCCUGCAGACGUACAAGGUCAUUUUUUGGUCCACAAAGGAACGGCUUUAACAUGCCUCCUUAUAGCCAAUAGUUAAAUCAAACCAAGAACGUUUCAAAUGCAAUUGCUGAUCUGAUCAAUGUAUUUAUUACUGCAUUUGUGUAUUUAUUGUUUUACCUUUUUAUUUCCUCUUUCUAUUUAUUUGGUUAUUUAUUUAUGCUAUCUAUAUACUGUAAGUAUUUAUUUAAACAAUGCUCUGUAUGUCUGUGUGAAACUGAAGACUUUUUUCUGAUGGGCACUUUUAGCUGUAGAAUCCCAUCGUAAUACCAAAGAUUAACAUUGCCUCCCUGAAUGUACGGCCUGAAUCCCUGAACCCUGAACCCGAUCCCGACCCGAACCACCCAGUGAUGUUACGUAUCUCUCUCUAUCCUUAAGGCCUGGCCUUUUGUUUUUUGUUUUUUGUAGAAUAAUGGGGAUUUCUUUACUCUUGCAAUUGUCUCUGCGGUCAGCUCUUAACGCCAAGGCCAAAGCUUGUUUGAAUGUUGUGAUAUAUAUAAUUAAUAACACUUUGAAUAAUAAUAAUAAUAAUAAUAACAACAAUGAUGAUGUGGCAUCCCAUAGGUUCACAGGUUGCUUGUAAAGUUGUGUUCAGACCAAUGCCAUCUGGCCGACUGUGUAAGUGUCUGGGGACCCACUUAAAGCACUGUCUGAAGGCCCUGUUGAGUGCGAGUCCUUCAGGGUCACUUGCAAACAUGCGUACUGUGUGUCUGCCUGGGGAAAUGCAUGGUUGUGACCCCCCCUCCCAUCUCCCUCACCUGACCCCCCCUCCUCCCCAGUGCAGUGCGGACAGUCUUGUCUAUGUCCAGAUCCGUGUGAUCUCACCGUCCUCCACAUACUAAGCCCCUGCCAGUUGUCUCAGUUCCAAGAUGGUUCAUUCCUGGUUUUGAGGAGGUUCUUAAGGUUUGGAUGGUUCCUUGUCUUACUUGGAAUUUGGGGUUUCUUCCCAUCACUAGGGUUCAGAAGGUGUUAGGAUUCAUUCCUGAACUUUGAGGUCUGGUGUGUUCCUCGACUUCUGGGGAUCUUAGGUUUAUGUUGGGAUCUGAAAGUCUUAUCAGUUGUUCCCGGCCUUGUAGGAUCUUCAAGGUUUCUUCCCUCGCCUGCUGGAGUUCUUCUGCUUAUAUUCUGAAGAUGUCUAAAUUAGUUGCUAGGCCUCUUAGGCUUGUAGGGUUUGGGCCUGAACCUCUAAGGGUCUUAGGAUUUGUCUCUAAUCCUUGAUUUUGUCGCGAGGCUUUUCGAGGUUCUUAGGGUUUGUCCGUGGUCCUCCAUGGUCAUGCCGCAACAUGCACAGGCAUAAGUGGCUUGGUUUUCCGGCAGUUUGAAGGCUGAAUGCCUAAAUCAGGAGAAAUCACCCAAGAUCUGAUGCUCUGACCCUUGUGUAAAUGCUGCCAAAGAGUGGCGAGGCUAGCUUGGUCGUUUUCCACACUCUUUCUCUCGCUCUCUCUCUGUCUUUAACAUUGGAAGGGGUGGAUUGCCGGGGCCCCCUUCACAGCGUGCACUUGAAAGACGGGCGGUCAUGAAAGAGGCCAUCGACUUUUUUGCAGACUUCAAAGGGAAGGCCUUUUUCAUCCCAUCUCCUCUCUGGGUAUCUAGUCUGGGGUCCGCUCUUGGCCAGACCUGUGGGCCUUAGGGGGCAUUCAAAGGGGGCGGGGGGAGAUCAGAGAGGAGACUGAAUCGUCCAGAAUGAGGACUGUGGUAAUGGUGUGUUUGUGUUGGAGAGGUGGGAGGGGGGUUAUUCGAGGAACAGGAGGUGUUGGAGUAGUGGGGC